AUGUGCACAGAUGCACUGGCACGUGGAGAUCUGUGUCUGGAGGUGCCUGUGUUGCAGGGUCUGCAGGGGACAGCAGCCAGUCAGACCAUGGCUGGUGGGGAUGGCGAGGAGCAGCAGGGGAUGCCCAGGCAGCGUACAGCCCCACUGGGACAGCCCGUGGGCUCCUGCCCCUGUGAAGCAGGACUGAGGCCAGUUCCGUGGCACAGCACAGGCCCUGAGGGUUCCCAGAGCUGGGAGCUGCCUCAGAGGCAGCACAGUGGCAGCAGCCUGGCUGCAGAGGGCCUGGGCCUGCCGGGGAGGUUUGGCUCUGCAGGGCAGGACGUGGCCGCUGCUGUCUCUUGGUGCUCUCUUGCCCUCGGCUGCUCCGUGAGGCGCUGCCUGCACUGGGCCUUGGCAGCCAGGCUUGGACACGUGCUCCAGGGAGAGCAGAGGGGCAGGGUGGCUCCUGGGCUCCCGGGCUCUGUGUCCCAGGCCGCUGUUAGGGACUCGCCCCAGGGCACCCUGUGCCCACCAGCCUGUUGCUCAGAGCCUGGGGGCACAGAGCGGGCUGUGCCAGGGAGAUCCACGUUUUCUCUUCCGAGUUGCUGUUCCUCUACCAGCUUCAGGGGCCACAGUGAUACAAGGGGGCUUCACUCUUUCUUCCCAGUGUAUUUUGCUGGAUCAUCAUUGCCAGUGCCCGUUGACCCCCUUCUGCCUGCCUGGGACAGCUGCUGGAGCCACUGGCAGAGCUGUCAUGGCACUGCCCUGCAGCCUCCCCCUUCCCAGCUCAUCCCAGCUUCCUCCUCCCAGCUCAUCUCAGCUCAUCCCAGCUCUCAGCCUCCCCCUUCCCAGCUCAUCCCAGCUUCCUCCUCCCAGCUCAGCUCAUCCCAGCUCUCAGCCUCCCCCUUCCCAGCUCAUCCCAGCUUCCUCCUCCCAGUUCAUCUCAGCUCAUCCCAGCUCUCACCUUCCUCCUCCCAGUUCAUCUCAGCUCAUCCCAACUCUCAGCCUCCCCCUUCCCAGCUCAUCCCAGCUCUCAGCUUUCUCCUCCCAGCUCAUCUCAGCUCAUCCCAGCUCCCACCUUCCUCCUCCCAGCUCAUCCCAGCUCUCAGCCUCCCCAUCCCAGCUCAUCCCAGCUCUCAGCCUCCCCUUCCCAGCUCAUCCCAGCCCCCAGCAAGCUCACCAAAGUGGCUGUUGUGGCUCCUGAGGGAACAGGGAGAGGUUCACACCCGCCAAAGCCACCCGAGCCCCGCCGGCGCUGCCUCUUGCCUUAGUGUCUGGAUGUCAGCCAGCCCUUACUGGUGUGGGUGCAAACCGUUGGGGCGAGGCCAGAGCGGGGCAGGGGGCAGGGGGCAGCCCCUGGAGCCCUCACACGGCGCCGGGAGCCCGGUGGCAGGAGGGUUGGCACCGGCUGAGCCCCGCUGCGGCUGCUGGAGUCGCCCACUCCCACGAGGGAGCUGCAUGUCCCUGAGCUCCCGGGGCUCUGCUGUCGCUGCUGGAGGUGUCCACGGUGCUCUCGUUGCCCUGGCAGUGGUGCUGCCUGUUCCCUCGCUGGGGACACGACGGGGGCUCCUGGCACCUGCACAGAAACCCCCCAGCGCCAGAUCCCCCACGUGGAAGCGGUUUGGUAACACAGGAGCUCUCCAGACAUUCUCUCCACAUACCAAAGAGGGGAAUGUGUCCAGAAGACCACGACUUGAGGGAGGAGCUGAGCAGGGCCGGCAGCAGGCGAGGGCACAGCUCUCCCUGCCCUCGCUGAGCCCCGCUCCGUGUCGCAGGAGGGGCUGCAAAAGCCCUUGUUGCUCCUGCCUGUGUGUGCCAGGGAGCAGCCCCAGCUCCAGGAGGCUGGGCCCCGGGUGUGCAAGGAAGAGCUUGUCUCGUUCAUACCUCAAGAUCCCGUUAGAGGAAUUGCUGAGCUUUCUCCUGGGGCACUGGUGUCUCGGUGUGGCGGUGCUGGGCAGGGCAAGGUGCAGGGGGCCUUGGGGAAAGGGGUCUCUGCUGCUGGGGAGGACACGAGGUGCCUCUCCUGGGCAGGGAGGGAGGGUGCUGGGGAAGCAGAGCUGCUCCUGGCCCUGAGCAGAGGGGCAGAGUGUGGGGGGCUGAGCCGCCGUGCCCUGGGGGCUGGGUCAGGGCUCCUUGGUCACCUGCUGCCACCUCCCUGCGGCAGAAGUGCCGCCAGACACGAGAUGCUCCACCAGGCAAACCCUGAGCACUGCUGCACGGGCAGGGAAGGGUUUGAAACCCAGCCUUGGAAACCACCGUCAGCCGCUGCAGCCCCUCCGGAGCCCUCCCCAGCUCCCGGCUCUGCCCCGGCCCCUGGGCUGGCUCUGGGGCUGCUCUGGCCCCUCUGCACAGGCCAAAGCUGCUCCUGCUGCCAGGACCCGCCGCUGGGGCGGCUGUGGAGGUGGCUGUGGUGGCUGAUGCUGUUGUGCAGGCAGCAUGUAAAUGAGUUGCAAUGUCUUACCCACGAUGAGAAGAUUUCAUGCUUUUGUAAUCUAUUAGAUAUGGAGAUAUUUUUUUGACACCUGAAAAUGCAGCUGGUAGAGUUUAAAUGGAAACCUAACACAUGUAAAAUAUAUUUUAGCUGAUAAUUUUGUAAAA